AUGGCACUGUGCUGGGGAAUCAAGGCAUGGUAUAUAGACAUGUCUACAGUCUCAAUUAUUCACUGCUUUAACAGAGCUUUAUUUCCCAAAAGACCUGUACAGUUGGAUCCUGAGGAUGAUUCAAUUAUGGAGAUCACCAUAAUUCAAAACCUGAUGAAUAUUCAGCACUUUCUCAAUCCAGCAGAUGAAGUGGUAGAGGAUUCUCCUGAGGCUAUUGAGCAGCAUGUUAUUGUGCUGCUAGAUCCAGCAGAUGAGAGUGAAGAGGAUGAGGAUUUGGCUACAGAGAUGCUCCCACUGAUUACACCUUUGGAGGCUCUAGAUCUAGUUAAACGGCUCCAGCUGUAUGAAGAGCAGCAAGAUCAGGGAGAUCAACAGCUAAUUCAGCAGCUCAACAGCUAUGAGAGCAAAAUAGCAGCAAGGAGGCUUCAAACUCAGCAGCAGCAAGAUAUUCGUGCCUAUUUUCAAUGCGCACCCCCUAUAUAG